CAACAACAGGUAGGGGGAGGGCAGGAGGGGGAGCUCUCCACCCUGCCACAUCCCGGACAUUCACACGAUAAUAACAGAGAGAGCGAUACCAGUACUGUCCAGAGGAGGCCGCUGUGACUCUUCAACUGUAUUCUUUCCUGAUUGUCUUCGCUCAGUCUGACCCGAAGAGUCUACAGCAAAAUGGGGACAGCUUUAGUUUACGAUGAAGAGAUGACUCGCUACAAACUGCUCUGGAUUGACCCAGCCUGUGAGAUUGAGACGCCUGAGCGUCUGACAGUGAGUCAUGAAGCAUUGAUCCGGAAAGGCCUGGCUGCUCGAUGUGUUUCCAUCCCUGUACAAGAGGCCACAGAUGAUAAUAUUCUACUGAUUCACAGCAAGGAGUACCUGGAGGCAGUGAAGAAGACCCCCUACAUGACGCUGGAAGACCUGAAGGACUUUACCCUGCAAUAUGGGGACGUCUACUUUCACCCAAACAUCUAUCACUGUGCCAAACUGGCUGUGGGAGCCGCACUGCAACUGAUAGAUGCUGUAAUGACCGGGAAAGUGAGAAAUGGCAUGGCUCUGGUCAGGCCCCCGGGACAUCACAGCAUGCGCAGUGCUGCCAAUGGAUUCUGUGUGUUCAACAAUGUGGCCAUAGCAGCCAAAUAUGCCCAGCAAAACUACGGAGUUCAAAGGGUGCUAAUAGUUGACUGGGAUAUACACCACGGCCAAGGGGUGCAGUAUGCCUUUGAGGAUGAUCCAAGUGUUCUUUACUUCUCUUGGCAUCGCUAUGAGCACCAAAAAUUUUGGCCUAAUCUUAGAGAAUCAGACUACGACUGUGUUGGCAAAGACAAAGGUGCUGGGUUCAACAUAAAUGUGCCGUGGAACAAGACUGGAAUGCAGAACAGUGACUAUCUUGCCGUCUUCUGUCACAUUCUCCUGCCAGUCGCCUAUGAGUUUUGUCCAGACCUGGUGUUGGUGUGCGCCGGCUUUGACUCCGCUAUCGGUGACCCUGAGGGUGAAAUGUGUGCCACCCCAGACAUUUUUGCCCACCUCACGCACCUGCUGAUGAACCUGGCCGGAGGCAAAUUGUGUCUCAUUUUGGAGGGAGGAUACAACCUGACUUCUCUCAGCCAGUCUGUGUGUCUCACCGUUCAAACUCUGCUUGGAGAUCCUGCUCCCCGGCCUGCAAACCUCCCAGGACCCUGUAAAAGUGCACUUGAGUCCAUCCACAGCGUGCGCUCAGCUCAUCUGAAGUACUGGUCCUGCCUUAAACACGCCGCUGAAAAGCCCCCUUCAGACGUCAGCACAAAGCGCAUGGAGGGUGGAGAUUCCACAGUUACCGAACCUAACACAGCCUGGCCUGAGCCUCCCGUACAAGUCCCGCCUCCCUUGCACACUGCAGCAGUGCUCCCCGAGGGCGUGGCUUGUCCCGACAGAUGCUCCAGCUUACCCCAGGAUCCACAUUCAGAAGAAGGAUUUGACGGUGGAGCUGUCUCUAAAUUAUCCAGUAUCACUGCACUUGCUGCGGGAAUGAAGAAGAAUGAGAUUCGUAACGGCUUGGCCUUGGUGAGUGAUGUUUCCAUGGCGAUGGCGCCGCUCCUCUGGCAAUUGACUGCUCUUGAACAACGAGUUUUGGCUGUGUGGGUUGGAGACACUGGAGUCCUGAGUGAGCUUCCAGAGGACGGGAAAACACUCACAGUGCACUUCAGCAAUGAGGCGCCAAAGGAGCACAUAUGCAGAUAUUACAUACCCGUUUGCCUCAAGAAGGGCUUCAUGCAGGCUGCCUUCAGCCUCCUCCUGCCUCUCGGCUACGAGUACGACCCCGGUCUGGUCCUGCUGGCCCGGACGCCAGGGAGCAGCAUGGACGAGAUUGCGUGGCAGCAGCUUGUUGGCCUCCUGCAAGGCCUGGCUGGGGGUCAUGUGCUUGUACUCCUGCAGGAAGGUGAGAAGGAUCUGGUGGGAAUGACAGCGUCUUCCCUCUCUGGGAGACCCGCGUCCUCUCUGGGACAACUUCCUGCUCCACUAGCUGAGGACGUGGCGGCGCUGGAGAGCCUGAGACACCGACUACAGACUGACUGGAAGCUACUGCAGACGUCAGGUGACUGUAAUGUGAACUAAAUAACACCAGCAACGACAUGAGGUACACUUGCGCCACCAUUUAUGAGAGCUGUAUUCAUUGAUGCAUAUUUAUUGUUGUGGUUUGUACAAGUGCAUUCCCUCAUACAGGCAUCCUAAUAUAUCGGUUUAUGUAGCAACUCCAUCACAAUAAUACACAUACAGUAUAGGUAUACUGUAUAUUUGUGUAUACUCACAAAUUCAUUUGCUAACCAAGACACAUUUAUACAUCUUUUGCGUUUCUUUUUGUGUGUGCAAGAGGCCAAAAGAUGACGCAACUGCACAAUAGAAGAGAUAUGGUGCAGUUUUAAGUGGCCACAAGGUGGCAGAAUUGCAUUAGGAGCUCAGCAUGCAUCUUUCCAUGUAAAAGAGCACUCCAUAGCAAGCAGGAAGUCCAAAAGCAUGGAGCCCUGCAGCAUUGAAGGGACCACCCACUUCAGUUCCAAAUGUGUACAUUUUUUUAUUUUCAUGUAAAAUAUAUUUUGUGUUGUUUAUGUUGUGGCAUAGUUGUUUAAUUAUUUUGGCUAAAUAUAUCAUGGUGAAGGUAAUGGUUUAAUUUGAUUUGGACAUGAAUCAAGUUAUUGAAUGCAUCACAUAAUCAAUUCACAGUUCCACAUUUCUAAAAGGAGUAGGAAGAAGCAAAGCUUAUUGACAACUAUAAGGUAUAUACAACCUUUUUUAUGAUUAAGUCUAGUCUUUCUUUCGGUGUGUACCAUGUUUUUUUUUGUAAUGAAACUGUGAGAAGUGAAUGUGAUGACUACUGAAGCUCCAAUUAAUUUUGUAGAUAUAUUUUUCUCUUUUCAAAAAUAAAUGAUUUCCUGAUUGUGAA